UCAUUUGUUGUUCGCAAAUGAUACAUUGAUCUUUUGUGAGGCAGACCAAAAUUAGGUUCGGGCACUGAAGGCCCUCCUAUUCUGUUUUGAAGCAGCGUCCGGUUUGAAAGUGAAUUUUGACAAAUCAGAAAUGGUGCCAGUUGGAAGUGUUAACAACAUAAAGCAGUUGGCUAACACGUUGGGAUGUAAGGUUGCCUCUCUCCCCAUGGAAUACCUUGGCCUCCCGUUGGGGGCUGCCUCAAGAGCUAUUUCAAUAUCGGACACAAUGAUUGAGAAGAUAGAGCGAAGAUUGGCAGGCUGGAAAAGACUGUAUCUGUUGCCGAAAGGUGGCAGAAUUACCUUAAUUAAGAUGGCUGAUCUCAUGGAGAUAUCGGGGGAACAAGUCCAAUGGAACAUUAAUUUCAGUAGGGUGGCCCAAGAUGGCAGUGGGUAGCUUUGAGGAUUUUUUCAGCCUACUGUAUUCCAUAAAACCGAGCAACCAACGAGCUGAUGUGUUGUGGUUGAUACCUGCAGGUAAAGGCAAAUUCUCGGUUCACUAUUUCUAUAAGUCUCUCACACACUCGCCGAAUAAUUAGUUUCCAUGGAGAAGGAUUUGGUGACAUAAAGGCCCCUCUUAAAGCGGCAUUUUUCAUAUGGACAACUUCCCUGGGUAAGAUCCUGACAACAUUUAACUUGAGAAAACGCAAGAUGACUAUAGUGGAUAGGUGCUACAUAUGUAAGAAAGCCAGGGAGAUGGUGGAUCAUCUAUUACUACACUGUGAGACUGCUAGAGUGUUAUAGAAUGAAGUGUUUAGCAGAUUAGAGGUAGCUUGGGUUAUGCCCGCUACAAUGGCUGCACUAUUGGCAAGUUGGACAAAUUUGAGAGGCAUUCAACAAAUCAAAGUUGUGGAAGAUGAUCCCGAUAUGUAUUUUGUGUAUCUAUGGCAGGACUGCAAUGAAAAGACGUUCAAAGACAAGGAGCGCACAAUAGAGGAAUUAAGAGCUUUGUUUACUAGAACUCUAUGUACAUGGGCCACAACUAUAGACUUUAAUGACCUCAACUUUCAUGUCUUUCUUGUCUCUAUUGC